UCAGUGGUUCGUCUUUUUUUGACACAUAAAAUAUGUUAUCAUUGCUAUUUGGAAUCAAAAUAUUAUUUUAAAUUUUAUUUAAUAUUUUAUGACUUGUAAGUGUUAAGUGGCUUAAGUAAACAAGUAGAAACAAUUAUCUGGUAAAUAAGUUAAAAUAUGACGAAUAAUAGUAUUAAUGUUGGUGAAUAUAUUGUUAUUCAAAAACAAAACUACAAAAAACUUCACAAGUUUAAUAAAACAAACUCAUGCUUAAAUAUAGGAAAAGAUUCUGUUAAUUUAAGUGGUAUAGAAGGAUGCAAGUAUUUUUCAUUUUUUAAAAUGAUACCAAAGGGUUCAAAAAGAAGCCGAGAAUAUGAGUUAGAAUUAGUUAAAGAAACCCUUAGUCUUAAAGAUGAAAUUGGAAUUAAAUCUUCUGGUAUGGAUAAUAGAAAUAUCUACGACGAUGGACGUUCACAAAAGUUAACAGCGGAUGAGAUUUAUGACCUGAAAAGCGAUUCAUCAAAAGCGUCAGAUAUUGUCGAAACCUUGAUAACGAAUUCCAACACCUUUCACAAUAAAACCGAAUUCUCCCAAGAUAAAUACUUAAAAAAGAAAGAAAAGAAAUAUUUUGAGUAUGUUCAAGUAUUAAAGCCAAAUUUAAGAGUGAUUUCUGAAAUUUUGUAUAAACUAGAACCAACAAAGGUGCAGGGCAUUCGUAUUGAUACUCUAUCACAAAUUAUAACAAUGGCCAAUAUCAAUUGUGAAGGAAAUCACUUGCUUUAUGAUUCAGGAUCAAACGGUCUUGUAGCGGCUGCUUUAUUAAGUGCAAUGGGAGAAACAUGCACUGGCAAUCUGAUUCAUAUGCACCCUGGAAAUAUGUCUCAAAAGCAAGCAUUGUUGGCAAUGAAUUUUGAUUCAAACCACUACAAUAAAUGUAUUUCUGUGAAUGUUUACUCUGCUCUAAGACAAUAUUAUCAAGGAUGUGAUACAAACACGGAAAAAAUUGAGGAUGGUGUUUCUGAAAAUACAACAAAUUUGAAAAGAAAAGGAGAAGAGAUAGUGCAGCAUAAUGCAAAGAUUCCAAAAACUUCUGAAAAUGAAAGUACACAAGCUGAAACAAGUGGAAAUGAUGACAAUAAUUUACCAGAGCCAAAAAAACCCAAGUGGCACUUUGAUAAUAUAGAAGCUUCAAAAGUUUUAUCAAAUAAAAUGGACUCACUGGUUAUAGCAUGUAAAGAAGAUCCUCAGAAUAUAUUUUUAGAAUUGUCCAAGUUUGUAAAACCUGGUAGACCAUUUGUUAUUUAUUAUAAUGUUGUAGAACCCUUACAAAAUUUGUAUAUGUUCCUUAAAUCACAAAGUAAUGUUGCAGCGCUAAAGCUUACCUGUAAUUGGAUGAGAAAUUAUCAGGUUUUAUCAGAAAGAACUCAUCCAGAAGUUACAAUGAAUGGGUCAAGUGGAUUUCUUCUAACAGGGUACAUACUAAAGUGAUAUAUUCUUAUUGUUGUAUUGAAUAUACAUGUACAAUUUUU